GGAAAAGAACACCUAGUAGGGGACGAGAAGCAUGAAGGACAACCACCCGAUCGCAAACGACACAAGGAACCAAACGGAAGAGGACGACGAACAACGUCAGAAUUAUCGAAUCAUCGUUGCCCCCGCCCUGGAACGAAGCCAUCCCAUCCCGGAGCGCGAAUCCUCCUUUCCACGAUCUUACUUGCCUUCCUCCGCCCGCGGGACAAAAGGGUCUUCCAUUUCUUGGCUUUACCUGGUCAGGAGGGAGAGAAGGGAGGAGGAAUUAUCGUGGCCAACAGAGAAGAUGCCGUCGUCGUCGUCGUCGGUGGUCCGCGCGACGAGCGACGUGCUCAUCGGCCCCGAUUGGGCCAUGAACCUGGAGAUCUGCGACACGCUCAACCGCGAUCCCGGGCAAACAAAAGAUGUCCUGAAGUCCCUCAAGAAACGCAUUGUGCACAAGAACUCCAAGGUCCAGCUUCUUGCUCUCACGUUGCUGGAGACAAUGAUUAAAAAUUGUGGGGACAUUGUCCAUAUGCAAGUUGCCGAGAGAGACAUACUUCAUGACAUGGUGAAGAUAUCCAAGAAAAGGCCUGAUUAUCAUGUAAAAGACAAGAUUCUUACGCUGAUAGACACUUGGCAAGAAGUUUUCGGUGGCGCGCGUGCAAGAUAUCCACAAUACUAUGCAGCAUACCAGGAGCUCUUGCGUGCUGGAACUGUAUUUCCUCUAAGAUCAGAGGGUUCUGUGCCAGUACUUACUCCUCCACAGACUCAGCCUCUACAAAACUAUCCUCCUGCUUUACGUGAUGUUCCUCACGAUGCCCCUGAAUCGUCAGUGCAGGAUUUUCCUGCCAUAAGCAUGACAGAAAUUCAGAAUGCACGAGGUAUCAUGGACGUUCUUUCAGAGAUGCUGAAUGCUUUAGAUCCAAGUAAAAAAGAGGAACUUCGGCAGGAGGUCAUCAUUGACCUUGUGGAUCAGUGUCGUUCUUACAAGCAGAGGGCGGUGCAGCUUGUCAACAGCUCCUCGGAUGAGGAGUUGCUCAGCCAGGGUCUUUCUCUGAAUGAUGAUUUGCAGCGUGUUCUAGGAAAACACGAUGCUAUCGCUGCAGGCAUAGCAGUUCGGGUAGAGAAGCCGAGGCCGCUCCAGUCCCAGAAUGGCCAUUCUCAGACUACUAAAGAACCAGUUCAAAGGUCCUCGGCAACUACAAGUGCAAGCAAGCAAGCACCCUUUGAGCAACUAGCACUUCCUGCGCCUCCAUCAUCCAGCACUUCAAAAGCUGUCGCAACACGAGCUCCCAAUAUCGACCUCCUUAGCGGAGACGAGUACAUCAAACCUGAACCUGCAAAUUCACUGGCGCUCGUUCCAGUCAGUGAAUAUUCAGCUUCAGACCAGAAUGUAUUAGCCCUUGCAGACAUGUUCCAACAAAACACCGCUUCCAACAACAACAAGCAUAACCUUACAAACUCUUCGACUCCAAAUUCUACUUUCCCUUCAUCUCAAGCAUAUCAUGCUGCAGUGCAACCUAUGCUGCCUCAGCAGCCCACUGCUUACUCAAAUGGGGAUAUGACCAAUGCCAUCGUGCCAUACGGUCAGCACUCUCAACCGAAAUCCACAAGUUCAUGGGAUGGCCAGCCUGCUUAUGGAAUGAAUUCCCAACAGCAGGCACUAAGUUAUGGUACACUGCUUUCCUUAUCCCAAGUGCUUUGCUAGGCCUACAAUAGUAUUAUUAUGUGUCUGUUAAUCUGAAACUGUAGGCAAAACACUCGCCGCGUCCUUAAUCGAUGGAUUAUAUAGUUUAAAAUAGUGCCUACAAAUAUAGCACAGGGUCGGUGUAAAAUAUCUCACGCUGAACAAAACAUGUAGUCCUGUAUUCGUGUACAUGUAAUUCAGUAUGUGCCUAGACACCACACUG